AUGAACCAGGGGGUUGGAAGAGAGGUGACCAAUCAGAGCAGAGAUCCGGAGCCUGGUGUGGACUGCUCCUACUCCGUGAGGAGGCCAGAUGCCAGGACGGGGCCAGGACAAAGCCAGGACGAGACCAGGACGGGGCUAGGACAAGGCCAAGACGGAGCCAGGCCUGGACGGGGGCCACACAUUAGGAAACUAUUCUCAAGAUUGAUGCUCUGUCUGAGGACAAUCUGGACGAGCUCAGAGGAACGUCACAGACAGAUGAACAGACGUGAUCUGGACGAGGAAACGAGAUUUCCACAACAUCAAGAUCCCUCACAUUAUGGACUUCACAAAGUGGUGCGAGCAUUCCUCGUGGGGAUUUUGAGUCCACCAUUUUACAACCAAUGCUACAUGAACCUGCAUCAGGAGGACACCCGCAUAAGACUGCUGCCUUUCCUGUCGAAAGAAGACCGUGCUGCAAUCCAGGAGGCCAUCGAGGACACCACGGUGGCAAUUUUCCACAUCAGGGAAAGUGGCGGUGAUGGGGAAGAGGACAUCCUCGUUGUCCUUGAAGGCCAGGCCGUGGUGGUUGACCUACCAAGUGUGGGGGUGGCGGUUGCCAUGCUGUUUGGCCUCAUUUACAACUUAAACCUGGACUACCCUCCUCAUCUCAGAUACACCUUUGAGGUAAUACAGAAAGUUGUAAUGGAGUUGGAAGGCAAAGUGCUGUCAAAAAGGGCUCAGGCCUUGAAGAUCCGACUCUUUGAGUAA